ACCAUUAUUAAUUCUACUUAAAUUUCAGUUUAGGUAAAAAAUUCUAUAGAAAUGACUACCGUUUUUCAUAUAACAUUAAGACCCAUUUUAUUUUUAAUGAAGUGUAUGGGUAUAAUUGAUAUUUCUUAUACCAUGGAAUCAACUGGAGUAUUGGUUAAGAAUAUAAAUUCUACGUUUCCGGCAUUUUUAGAAAUAUCACGGAUGAUAGUGUUAUUGAUAUGCACUUAUAUUUAUUUAAGUCAAUACGAGCCAGAAUUUUAUGUACUGCAAAUUAUAAAAAUUUUGCAAUUUUGGAAUGUAAUUAUCGCAGCCAGGCUAUCAACAUUUUGGAUAAAUAAAUUUAUCAAUGGAAUUAUCGAGUUCGACCAAAAAAUUGCAACACUUUCAUUACAUUUGUUGAUCCCUCAGCGUUCAUGGAAAAAAAUAAAAUGGGAUACGAUUUAUAUUUCAUAUUCGCAUACUUUAUUGGAUUUAAAAUUGUACUGUUGUACCUUAGUCCCUUGA